UGCCAGGAGUGGGCUCUGCCGUCGAGCCGGAGAGGGGCACAGCCAUCGGGCUGGGCUAAGGCACUGAAACAUCACCGGGACUGCAGAGAGAUGAAUUGCCCAGGCACCUCAGGGCUGUAGGAGACACAUCCCUGAUGGAAAACACAUCACCAGCUGGGAAAAUGCAGGGGGUAGUCCAGAAAGCCUCCAAAAUAUGUCGACAGACUCGUGUUCUGCUGUGGAAGAACAUCCUUCUGGUGUGGAGAGUGAAGACAAAAAGCUUCCAGGAGUGGAUCUCAUCGGCGAUUCUCCUCAUAAUAGUGCAGAUGUCAGCCAAUGUCAUACCUCACUUCCCAGAGCAUGACAUCCCCUACAGCUUCCUUGGAAGAUUGGAUGAUCCAGCCUUUAACUCCACUGGAGUCACGCUCAUAUACACACCUGUCACCAACACCACCAGGCAAAUAAUGAGCAAAGUGGCUUCAAGCUCUGCACUGAGAGACAUCAUAAUAGAAGGGGUGGAGAAUGAGACAAAAAUGGAAGCAAGAGGCUAUUUGGAGGAAGACAUCAUUGGUGUUGUUUUCAAGGAUGACUUCAGCUACUCCCUCAGAUUUCAGACCUAUGCUCUGAUGUACCUAAACGACGCCACGGAACACUUGGAUACCUGCUUCAGUUUUUCACCAGCUGCCUGCCAAAUUCCUGCCUACUGGUACAAAGGGUUCCUCUCAGUGCAGUCCAGCAUUGAUGCAGCAGUCAUAGAAGUCAAAACGAACCACUCUGUCUGGGAAGAGAUGAAGUCCUUCAGCGGCGUCCGUCUGAGCUCACCCUUGAUGAAACCUGUGUAUAAACUGGAUUACACCUGGUUUGUUGUUUAUGUUGUGCUCUGCUUCUCCCCAUACAUGUACUUCUUGUCAGGGAGGCUUGCAAGAGAGAAAAAGAAGCUCAAGGUAUUAAUGAAGACCAUGGGUCUGCACGACAUCGCCUUCUGGCUGUCCUGGAGCUUACCAUACACCAUUUACAUCUCAAUAACAUCAAGUCUGCUGACACUGAUCACCAUCACAGCAGUCCUCCAGGAUCACAGCUUCCUUGAAAUCUUCUGGUUUUAUUUCCUUUAUGGCAUAGCAUCUAUUCACUUCUGUUUUGUGCUCAACUCCUUGUUCAAGCACCCAACCAUUGCCAGUUUCUCAGCAAUAUUCCUUCACAUUGUCUUUGGGUUGCUGGGCUACCUGACCUUGUUUCAUGAGCUGCCAUCAUCUUUAGAGUGGAUUUUUAAGCUCUUCAGCCCCUUUGUCUUCACUGCUGGCUUCUCACAGGCAGUAAAGCUGGAGAUCCACAGACUGUCCUUCACACCAGGAUUCUACCCCUUCUUUCGCCUCUACGUCAUGCUGAGUCUUGACAGUGUCUUGUAUUUGCUGUUGGCCAUCUACUUUGAUAAAGUUUUGCCUGGCAAGUAUGGAGCACCAUAUCCUCCUCUCUUCUUCCUGAGGCCAUCGUACUGGUUCAAGCGCAGGGGUGGCUACCUGGGGAUGCAAGCUGGCAGAGAGAGCAGCCACGACCCUAUCUUCAGCAGUAACUCUGAGCCCAUGCCUCCAGGCUUUGAGGGCAAGGAAGCCAUCAGGCUGAACAAUAUUAGAAAGAUAUACAAGAAGAAGAACAAGAGAACUGAGGCUUUAAGUGGAUUGUCCUUGAGCAUAUAUGAAGGCCAGAUCACUGCACUGCUUGGUCACAGUGGAUCAGGGAAAACUUCCCUCUUGAAUGUGCUCAGUGGAUUCUCCAAGCCUUCAGCAGGUUCUGCAACGAUAUACAACUACAGAGUGUCUGAAAUAGAGGAUCUGGAAGGAAUUCAGGCAAUGGUUGGGGUCUGCCCCCAGUUUAAUUUGCACUUUGAAAUCCUAACGGUGAAGGAAAACCUGAGGACUUUUGCUCACAUCAAGGGGGUGCAGCAGAAAGAAGUAGAGCAAGAGGUGCAGAAAGUUCUCACACUGCUGGACCUCAGCAACCUUCAGGACGUUCGUGCUGAUGCUCUGAGCGGGGGACACAAAAGGAAACUGUCUCUUGGGAUUGCAAUUUUAGGGGAUCCCCAGGUGUUGCUUUUAGAUGAGCCUACAGCUGGCUUGGAUCCCCUCUCCAGGCACCACGUGUGGAGCCUUCUGAAGGAACGCCAGGCUGGACGUGUGACGCUCUUCACCACCCAGUCCAUGGAGGAGGCUGAUGUUCAUGCUGAUCGGAAAGCUUUCCUCUCCAAAGGGAGAUUGCAGUGUGUGGGCUCAUCUCUGUACUUGAAGAGGAAAUGGGGAGUUGGCUAUCACUUAAGAAUACAGGUAAACAACCUGUGUGAGCCUGAGCUUGCAACAUCCCUGGUCAAACAGUACAUCCCUGAUGCUGAGCUGAAAGGACAAAAGGAGGGUGAGCUGUGUUAUGUGCUACCUCUGGAGAACACUGAUAGCUUCCCAGAUCUCUUCAGCCAUCUCGAGAACAACCCUUUGCAAGGGGUUGUGCAUUAUGAGGUCAGCAGGACAACCCUGGGAGAUGUUUUCCUGAAGCUGGAAGGAGAAGAAGCCAUUGAUCAAGAUGGUGAGGGCAUUUCUCAUGCUGAACACACAGGAGAUGGAGACCUUGAGGAGGGGGCCCAAAGUCUCCCAGAGCUUUUGGAGCAGGAGAAGCAGAGAGUGACUGGGAUGGCUCUCUGGAGACAGCAGGUCUGUGCUGUGAUGAGAAUUCGCUUCUUCAAACUCAAGCAUGAAGGGAAGUUUCUGGGGUCCAUAUUGAUGUUCUUUGGAGUAUUUAUCCUUCCAACGCUGGUGACUUUCAUUGGACUUCAGCUGUGGGACAGCUCCACAGGCUGGGAAAUCACAGCCAGCUCCUACUUUGUUCCCACCAAAGAGAACAUUGGAAACAAGUCAACAAAUCUUCUCAUCCUCAAUGACACAGGGUCACCCAUAGACAAUUUCCUUGCUGCUUUGGAGGCUCAAAACAUAAUCCCAGAGAUAAGUCAUGAGAAAAACUUCACCAGCAUCCCACUCUAUAAUGGAGCCCUAAAGAUAGCCCUGGAAGGCAAGAGAUACCAAUUCACAGCCAUGUGCAGCGUAGAAACCAUCAACUGCUUCCCCCUGCUCGUGAAUAUCCUCAGCAACACCUUCCUAAGGCUCUUCAACUCCACCGCUCGCCUCCGCGUCUGGAGCGAACCCUUCAACAGUGCACAUAACCUAGAACCAAGAAUAAAGAGCAGUGUGUUUUACUUCUGUCUUAAGUACAUGCUGGUUUUGGCUCCUGGUUUGCCCUCUCAGUUUGCAGUGAGCAGCAUGGAGGAUUACAAGCUCCAGGCUCGUGCCCAGCUGCGGCUUGCAGGGCUCUUCCCCUCAGCAUACUGGUGUGGGCAAGCUCUGGUGGACGUCCCACUCUUUUGGACCCUGUUGUGCCUCAUGUUUGGGGUUGUGCUGCUCAUAAACCGCGUCUGCCCCUUGCAGGCCAUCGACCUGCUGACUGCGAUCAUUAGUGUCGCUGGUUAUGGAGCAUCUCUUGUCCUCCUCGUCUAUUUAAUUGCCUUUAUACGUCGCAGGGGACGAAGCAAUCGUUGCAUUUGGUCUUGCAUCUUCAUUGUGGUAAAUGCAAUUCUCUCUAUGGUCUUCAUCGACCAUGAAUCACUUUACUUCACCCUCUAUAUAUUGUUUCCUGGGUCUACACUGCUGGGCUGGUUGAGCUUCUCUACACUACAUUUCUUGAUACGUGAUGAGGAUGAGUCUCUUCGUCAGUCACGGAAUUACAUCUUCAUACCCAUGAUUGCACCAUACAUCCAUGGUGUGCUCUUUGCUUUUCUCCUGCGCUGUUUGGAAAUGAGAUAUGGAGAAGCAGUUUCCAGACUUGAUCCCAUCUUCAGGAUUCAGCAGAGGAAAGUGGUGACCUGCCAGAACAAGAACUACCCCAUGGAGGAGACCCCAGAAGUCCAGGCUGAGAGGGAGAGAGUGAGGAUAGCAAUGACCUCCCUGCAGCAGGAGGAGGAGCCAGUUAUCAUUGCUGACAGCUUGUGCAAGGAAUACAGAGACAAGACAGCCAGCUCCACUUUUAAGAAGAAGAAGAAAGUUGCUGUCCAAAACCUCUCUCUCAGUGUUAAAAAAGGAGAAAUAUUAGGCCUGUUGGGACCCAAUGGAGCUGGGAAAAGCACAACCAUAAAGAUGAUAUCUGGAGACAUAGCAGUGACUGCUGGGGAGGUGCUGCUCAAGGACUGCAACGCAGCUGCCUCCUCCCCAGGGCAGGGCACGCCAGGCAAUCUGGGCUGCUGCCCACAGCAGGACCAUCUCUGGCCAGACCUCACCGUGCAGCAGCAUCUGGAGGUGUAUGCUGCCAUCAGAGGCAUCAGGAGAGAAGAUGCAGCUGCUGCCAUCAGCCGCAUAGCAAAGGCCUUGGACCUCCAGAAGCAUUUCAAAACUCAAGCUAGGAGGUUAUCUGCUGGACAAGCCAGAGAGCUGUGUUUUGCACUGAGUGUCCUGGGAGAUCCCUUGGUGAUGCUCUGGGAUGAGCCAUCGGUGAGCGUGGACGUGAAGGGACAGCGCCGCAUGCGGAAGGUGAUGCAGACUGCCAUGAAGAGCAAGGAGCGAGCAGCUGUCCUUGUCACGCAGCACCCGGAGGAGGCUGUAGCCAUCUGUGACCGUGUGGCCAUCCUGGUGGCAGGGCAACUGAGGUAUAUUGGUACAGUUGAGGAUCUGAAAAGCAAGUUUGGGAGAAGUUACCACCUGGAAGUCAAAAUUCCAGACACCAGACAAAGUGAUGCUGUCCACGCUGAAAUUGUUCACCUCUUCCCCUCUGCAGCCUGGCAACAAAGGACUUCUUCAUUGCUUACCUACAAGAUCCCCAUGGAGCAUGUGCUACCUCUCUCCCAGGCUUUCUCCAAGCUAGAAACAGCUAAACAGAACUUCAGGCUUGAAGAUUACAGCUUGUCCUUGCAUACCCUGCAGCAGGUGUUCGUAGACCUCACCAGGGACCUGGAAGAGCACAACCUGGAUGUGGCAUCUGAUGGCACCAUGGAGCAGAGACCACUUCACCCCUGAGCUGCAAAGAGCCACAAAGGAAAAUGUUCAGCCUGUUUUCUCCAGCGUUGCUAUGAGUGAUUGAGUGCAGCUCCAGGGCCAUAGCACCUACUGCUCUGCAGGUUUUCUGUCUCACGAGGAAAAGAAGUACUAUUUUAUUAAAUAAAGCCUUUCUCUCUUGGCAAA